AUGUCCUCCGCACUUACCUAUCCUCUUCCCGUUCUUCCUUCUAUCCCAGACGAUCUCGAACAUCUCGACUCCCGCCAUGCUUUACCCCAUUUGAUGGCACUAAUGAAGAACACCCUCAUUCGUGGUCUGAAUCGCGUCCAUGAUUGUGCGCCUCUCAUCACUGUCGGCCACCCCACUCUUCUGCCUUUCCUUGACUACGUGCGAUCGCUCCUCGCGCAAUUGGAUGUGCACCUCGAGGAGGACGCCCUUUUUUUCUCUGCGAACGCGCUGGCAGAGGUUGCCACAACCGAAGCUAACCCUGAUACUAAGACUAUCAGGGAAUCCAUAAUGUCAUUGACGAGUUUGGUGUCGGCAUGGAUUUUGGAUGAGUCCAAGUUUUGUCCGAGCGCUCUAUGCGAGGGAGUCUCGUUUGGACCUCUCCUGGUUGGCAUUAUGCAGGCACAGAUCAGGGCGCUUACCCCUACGCUGCUCAGCUCGAUUAUAUCCCACGUGGACCUCCUUGAAUUGAUCAAAGCCAGCGUCAGUCGCAUCAGUGAACGCUCGGACAUGACCUUCCUGCUUCCUUUUGUUGUCUCGCAUCAUGAUCGUACCACCUCUACCCAUUGGCCCAAGGUUCCCGAAGGUUGUAUUGAGAUGUUCCCAACCCUCAUUCUCAAUCACCCAGGAUGCUGGCAAUUCGCGCCAUAUAAUCCCCUCACCAACGAGACUCAGAGCUUCAUCACCAUCUAAUCACCAUCUCCGCUUAAAUUUUUCUUCAGAGUUUUCUUCAUUUAUUUAUAAUUCUCCAUUUGACUGUCAUCACUCCGUACUAAAGUAAUUACAUUCGUUCUUACGAUGUGUCUGGUGACCACCCUAGAAGCUACGAUUGUUUAUCCACUUUGCUUGCAGGUCACUAGUUCAGCAUAAUCUGGAGGCAAAUUCAAAUUCAUUAAGCCUCUUGGAGGAAAGUCGGCGAAAAGAUGUAUAGCUCGCGUGGAAGACACCGCUAUUU